ACGUAUCUUGAUUAUCUCUCUCUCUUCCAGCACCCCAUUAUCAACAUGGCGACGCCUCACGCCACCAUAGCCAUCAUCUCAAUUGGCCAAAUGGGGCUCGGUAUUGCCUCGCUACUCAAAUCACACAACUACGCCAUCACCACAAACAUCAGUGGACGCAGCUCUGCAACAAAAGACCGAGCCGAGUCAAUUGGCAUCCAACUAAUAGACACAGACGAAGAGCUAGUCGCAAGCGCAGACUACGUACUCAGCAUUGUGCCGCCACGCGAUGCUAUCGCAACGGCCGAGAGAGUGAUUGCUGCCCUGGAGAAGCAGCAGCAGCAGCAGCAGCAGCAAAAGAGCACAGAAAAACCUGCAUCAUCGGAACAGGCAAAACGCAUGCUAUAUUACCUGGAUUUGAACGCGAUCAGUCCGGAUACGGUACGCAAGAUAGGCGGCAUGUUUGAAGAACGAGUAAAAGAAGAAGUACGCUUUGUUGACGGAGGCAUCAUCGGCUCACCACCUAUUGCUCCUUCAGCUUCGCCAGACUCGUCAAAAGAAGCAAAAGGGUCAGAUAGCCCAGGGUCAGACUGGACACGUCCUGGUGUUCCACUUUCGGGUCCUCAUGAACUCCCCAGUGCACAUCUCGCGUCUGUGUUGAAUGUCCAGCAUGUCGCCAAUACCAUUGGCACAGCCAGCGGUUUGAAGUGCUGUUUUGCCGCUUUGACUAAAGGCUUCACUGCUCUCUCUUUGCAGUCUUUUACCACUGCCUCCUCUCUCGGUGUACUGCCUCAGCUGAAAGACUACAUGGAUCAGUACAACCCCCAUGCGCGGCUCAAAGCCGAAAGAGGCAUCGUGGGGUGUACACACAAGGCAUACCGGUGGGUUGAAGAAAUGAGGCAGAUAGGCGAGUGUUUUGCGGGAGAUGGAGGCUGGCAACAAGCAAGUGUAUUCCGCGAAAUCGCAGGCCUAUUCCAAGAACUCGCCGAUGUCGUGGAGAAAAAAGGGAGAGAAGGAAUGGAACAUGUAGACGGGGUAGUCGGGAUCCUAGGCAAUGAUCUUCAAUCUACCAAACAAUAGGCUACUCGUUCCAAAAUAAAAAUAAAACAACAACAAUAACC